GGGAGGAGUCAGGCGAGGGAAAGAGCAGCUGGAGUUCUACACUUCGCCCUCUUCUCCUCGAAAAGCAUACUUAAUGUAAUAACAACAGUCCACACGUUUUUGUAAACACUUAUGUUGUCUUAUUCAUACAGGUUCAUCAUCGGCCAUCGUCAGGUAUGCAGGGAGGCUUACAGUAUUAGUUCAGUGUUCGCUCUAUUCAGAAAACUGUGAAAAGGAGAAAGACGCGGAAAAGAAGGAAAAGUCUGGCAGAGCGGUUUUCGGAGUUGGUGUCUCACAACUCCAGAGCGCGAGAGGCACAUCUGCAACAAGCGAAAAAAUACUUCACUUAAGAGAAGAAGACAGAAAAGAUCAAGAAUUAUUGGAGGGAAACAUCCUUCGAACACGUGUCCUGUCUCCAUGACGUGCUGAGGAAUGAACAGUCGUCAUGGAAACCCAGUCCCAGGCCAGUUCUGCAGCUGAGAAGAAGAAGAGGGUGGAGACCAUCGUGGCGACCAAGGGCUCGUCGGCGCGCGCCGACAUCAGCGAGAAGGCUGUGGCCUCUAGCACUACGUCAAACGAGGAUGAGAGCUCGGGCACGCCGUACCACCACCACCACCACCACCACCACCACCGUGAGAGGCGCAAUGCCAUCAGCACCCAGGCCCCCACACCCAGGCCCCCUGGCAGCAAGCUGGGCGAAGAGCCCUCCACCUCCACAGAAGAGCGCCCACCGUUGGUAAAGAAAGAGUUGCACAACUCGCUGCCCCACCUGGUCGACCACGGCCUCCCGUACCGCGGCACGCUGUUCGCCAUGGACCCUCGCAACGGAUAUCUGGACUCCCACUACGCCCCGCCACAGUUCUUUCCUGCCUUCCAUCCGCCGGUGCCCAUCGAUGACAGACACGCCCAGGGACGCUACAUCUACGAGCCGUCCCCUGUUCCCCCGCUGCACGUGCCUCCUUCGCUGGCCGGCAGCCCGGCGUUCUCCGACAUCUCCCUCAUCCGGAUCUCCCCCCACCGGAACCCCUCCGUGGGGGCCGAGUCACCGUUUAACCCUCCGCACCCGUACAUCAACCCCUACAUGGACUACAUCCGCUCGCUCCACUCCAGCCCCUCCCUCUCUAUGAUCUCUGCAGCCAGGGGCCUCAGCCCUGCGGACGUCCCUCACACAGGCCUGACCACUGCAGAGUACUACCACCAGAUGGCUCUCCUGGCGGGCCACCGUAGCCCCUACACGGACCUCCUCCCCUCCGUGGCCUCCACGGCCGGAGCCACCAGCAGUGCCCUGCACAUGGAAUAUCUGCAGGCCGUGGAGAGCUCUAGGUUCCCCAGCCCCAGGCUGACAGCGAGGCCCAGUCGGAAGCGGGCCCUGCCCAUCUCUCCCCUGUCGGAGCACAGUUUCGACCUGCAGACCAUGAUCCGCAGCUCGCCAAACUCCCUGGUCACCAUCCUCAACAACUCCCGCUCCAGCUCCUCCACCAAUGGCUCUUACGGACACCUCUCUGCCGGGGCCAUCAGUCCGGCUUUGAGUUUCGCUUACCCUCCCACCCCAGUGGCACUUCAGAUGCACCAGCAGCUGCUUGGUCGGCAACCAGGGAUUGUGGGUUCUGCAUUCGGCCACAGUCCGCCCCUCAUCCACCCCUCCCCGGCCUUCACCACCCAGCGUCCAGUCCCGGGCAUCCCUCCCCCUGUCCUGACCCCCAGCGAACGCUCCGUCAUCUCCAAUGACUCCUCUCAGACCAAACCCACUAGCGAGUCAGCGGUGAGCAGCACUGGGGACCCCAUGCACCACAAACGCUCCAAGAUCAAACCGGACGAGGAGCUACUCAGCCCAGGGGCAGUAUGUUGCCAGGACCAUCCUGAUGGGAUGACUCUUGUGAAGGAGGAAGGGGACAAGGACGACAGCAAGCAGGAGCCAGAGGUGGUGUACGAGACCAACUGCCACUGGGAGAGCUGCCACCGGGAGUUUGACACCCAGGAGCAGCUAGUGCAUCACAUCAACAACGACCACAUCCACGGGGAGAAGAAGGAGUUUGUGUGUCACUGGGAUGAAUGUUCUCGGGAACAGAAGCCCUUUAAGGCCCAGUACAUGCUAGUGGUCCACAUGAGGAGACACACCGGGGAGAAACCACACAGAUGCACCUUUGAGGGAUGUCCCAAGGCCUACUCUCGCCUGGAGAACCUGAAGACUCAUUUGCGCUCCCACACUGGAGAGAAGCCGUACGUCUGUGAACACGAGGGCUGCAACAAGGCCUUCUCCAACGCCUCUGACAGAGCCAAGCACCAGAACCGCACACACUCCAACGAGAAACCCUACGUGUGUAAGAUCCCUGGCUGCACCAAACGCUACACGGACCCCAGCUCCCUACGCAAGCACGUAAAGACCGUGCACGGGCCAGAGGCGCACGUGACCAAGAAGCAGCGCAGCGACGCCUUCCCACGUCCCCCGCCGCAGUCCCGAGAGGGGGGCAACGGACAGGGCCGGUCGCCGGGGCAACUAGGGGGAUACGCAGACCAAAGGGAGUACAACCACGCUACCUCGAAACAGGACGAAUGUCUGCAGGUCAAGUCCAUCAAGACGGAGAAGCCUAUGACGUCUCAGCCAAGCCCUGGCGGUCAGUCUACAUGCAGCAGUGACCAGUCCCCCAUCAGCGCCUAUCCCAGCCAUGGAGUCCAGCUUGCUGUGAGGGGAGGGGUGGUGGGACUGGGCGAGGGGCCGGGAGAGGAAGACGAGGAGCUGGAGGAGGAGGAGGGUUUGGAGGAGUUGGAGGGGGGCCGUGACGCCCCCAUAAUGGACUCCACGGUGUCGACAGCCACGGCGGCUACGUUGGCGCUGCAGGCAAGGAGGAACGUGGGCCGGCCCAUGAGAUGGAUGGAGCACAUGAAGAUGGAGAGGCUGAAGCAGGUGAAUGGAGGAGGAGGAGCCCUUAUGCCCAGGGUGGGCCCCCUGUCCCCCACACCGCCACCCAAGGGACCUGCCGUGCUGGGUUCAUGCCUGGGCAGGUUAUCCCAGCCUCCUCCUCGUCCUGAGCUGGGUAGCACAGAGCUGACGGUGCUCAGCCUGCUCCGUGGCAUCGAGCACGGUGACCGGCGGGACAGCAGUGGCAGCGCCACCAGCUCGGCCUACCUGAGCAGCAGCCGGCGCUCCUCGGGCAUCUCUCCGUGCUUCUCGUCACGGCGCUCCAGCCAGGCGUCCCAGAGCGAGGCGGCCAACACCCCUGGUCACCACCGCCGCCACCACAACCUUAGCUCCACCGACUCCUAUGACCCAAUCUCCACUGAUGCCUCACGCCGUUCCAGCGAGGCCAGCCAGUGCGGGGGAGGAGGUGGAGUGUUUGUGGGUGGAGGGUGGGCGGGCGUCGGGGGAGGCUCCAAGGGUAUGCUAAACCUCACGCCGGCGCAGCACUACCACCUAAAGGCCAAGUACGCUGCUGCCACGGGCGGCCCACCCCCCACGCCGCUGCCCAACAUGGAGCGCAUGAGCCUGAAGACCCGCAUGGCCAUAAUGGGCGAUGGCCAAGAUGGAUGUGGAGGCAACCACGCGCUGCCCCCACUGGUCAGGCCGCGCCGCUGCAGCGACGGCAGCACCACCAAUGGGUACGGGGGCCACGGCGGGUACCGAGACUACCGGCGUAGGGGCUAUUACCCCGGCGAGGGCCCGGGGAAUGGCCCGGACCGAAGGGCUAGCGACCCCGUGCGGACCCAGCCUCAGCAAACCCACCCGGAGUUCCUCGGGCUGCCCCAGGUCCAGCGCUUCAGCAGCCUUAACAACAUCCACCCACUUCCCCCUCUAGCAGGCCUCCAGCAUCCCACGGCAGAGGGCCGCAGCUUCAGCCUGCAGAACUACACACGCUCAGAGGGGAAUCUCCAGAGAGGGGGCCUGCUUUCCUCUCCCUGCCCCCCCAGUAUCAUGGAGCAUGCGGCCCUGGAGGCCCUGGCUAUGGAGGAGGAGGGAGCCCUGCUGCUGGGGGAUGAGGACAUGCUGCCUGACGACCUGGUGCAGUACCUCCGCUCACAGGACCAGGCAGACUCCUACAACAACCACCUGGAGAACCAUGUGACUGGGGACAACGGUCAUCUCCCUGGAGGGGAGUUACAGGACCAGGGCCCAGGGCUGAACCAGUGCAUCCACAGUCUCCAGCAGCGCCACCAACAGCAGCAGGGACUGGAGAGAGAGGGCCCCAGUAAAGACGGCAUGCCCAUUCAGUGGAACGAGGUCAGCUCAGGGAGUGCUGAGAGGUCCCCCCAGAGGCAGCCCCAGGUCCAGUCCCAGCAGAGGUGUGGCCGAUGGGCCGCCACAGAGCAGCACCAAGGUCUGGUUGCCGGUUCAUCAUUCGGGAGGUUUGGGAACAUGAUGGUGCAGCAGCAACAACAGACAGUUACUACCACAGACUUCCAGAACCGCUGUGCCCAGCCAGGCCAGCCCCAACCCCUAUGCAGAGUCAAUGGCGGGGUGAAGCUAGAGGCGACCACCCACUCCUGCAUGGAGAUGAGAGGGAACGGCCACAACCCCACACACACUUUCGGCCGGCCUGACUUCUCCCAGAUCUCUGUGGGGCCUCUGCCCCAGGGCUACAGCCAGCAGCAGUACCAGACCCAGAACCAUGGAACCUCCAGGCAGAUUGGAGACAACCUGCUCCUCAGCCGGGCCUCUGUGGACAGCCUCUCACAGGCCCCAGCGCUCCACCACCACCCCCAGGCCCCCACCCCCCGCCUGCAGCAGGCCAACAGCAGCUAUAGGCACCCCGCCAGACCACAGCAGUACCUGAAUGCCCAACAGAGCACCACCAACGGUAGCCAUGUCAACCUUACCCAGCAGAACCUCACCCAGCAGCAGCAGAGUCUGAGGAACCAAGCCAGUCACUGCUCCCUGGCCCACCAGGUGUCCGGGCUGAAGCUGGAGGCUCCCGACCAGGGCUACCUGGACCAGAGCUUCAGCGCCCAGGCUGUGUGCUUUGACCCGCUGGAGACCAAGACCUCGUCUUUCUCUCCAAUGGAGGAGCAGUGUCUGCUGGAGACCAUGAACGAGCAGGUGGGGCUAGGCGGGGACUCCUCAGUCGCGGCCUCCCUCCUCUCCCCGGUGGCUGACCAGGUGACAAGCACGGUGGACAGCCGCGCGGGCGGCUUGGUCAACGUGCUAGACAACGUGUUGCCGCUGGAUUUCGGAGCCAUGAUAGAGGACGUGCGGGUAGGCUAUGACCAGGGUAGUCUGGUGUCGGGGGUGAUCAGCCCUUCCAUCUUCCAGGGCAUGUCCCGGAACUCGUCCCGCCUCACCACGCCCCGGGUCUCCGCCACCUUCCACAGCACCAUGGGCAUGAUGCCCUCCAACCUCAGUAACAUGGCCAUCGGGGACAUGAGCUCCCUGCUCACCACCCUCGCCGAGGAGAGCAAGUUCCUAGCCAUCAUGCAGUAACUCUCCCUCCUUCCUUUGCUCCAUCCCUCUCUCCCGUUGGUGAAAGGAAGUAGAGGAAAAAACUGACGCAUGUAAAGAACAGAGGGGAAAAGGUGGCGACGCUUAAGACAAAGUGACAGAUUACGAGUUUAUUAUACUUACAUAGUGCACCCCGAAACAAAUUUGUUGCCAAUCAGAUUUAUUUUGUAAAAGUGUCAUCCCCUCCCUUCUGAGACAGGGGAUGUGACAAAAAGUAUAUAUAGAUAUAUUCCUUUUCUGGAAUGAAGGCUAUUUUUGGAAGCCCUUCCCUUUGUAUUACGAUGGUGAGCAAGUGAGGCCUCUGACGGCCUCUCUGGUCUCGUCCCUUUGAAACAGUAUUCUGUGUAUCGUCGCUGUUUUUUUUGUUUUUUUGCUGUACACUGUUGGUAUAAAUGCAUGUUGUAUACAAGGUCAAACAUAAACACUGUCUUUAUAAGUACGUAGACUAGCACGUGCCAAGUAUCUAAUCCUAUUGGAUGUGCCAUUUACCAUUAUGGUACAACGGAUGCCCAUGGCAUUAUCCUUCUAUAAUGACUUGCUUUAUAAAAUGAUAUUUACACCUUUGCUAUCGUCAUUUUGUUAGUAUGUUACUUUUGCGAAUAUGUAAAUGUUAGUGUUUCUCAGUGCUUCUACCAAGUCUUACCAAUUGAUGGUGUGUGUUUGACAGAGUAUCACAAAUAAUAUGGUAUUGAGCCCACGUUUAAAAAAGGACCAGUCUUCAAAGUCUUAGAAUUCACACAAGCGUCAUAAGUAGCUCUUUAAUUCAUACUCCAAUUGCUUGAUUUUACAAUGUCCGUAAUGGUACUCACAGGUGUAUAUAACUGUGUUUUUUUGUAUAUUUUCUUUGUGAGAAUCAGAUUCUCGCUGUCAGAUCCAACAGAUCCAUUCAUUCUAAGCGUAGCAUAUGAUUCACAGACCAAAAGUGUAGCGUUUGUAUGUUCUGUUAGUUUUUUUUUAUCCACCAUUAUAUUUGACCAUUUUAGAAAUCUGAUUCUGAUGUCUAUUAGACCUUCAAAUAUUGGAUAAUCCAUAUUCUAUUCUCCAAAGUAGUACAGCACAGUAUGUCUUGCCACUACGGAGUGCAGCGACUUUUUCAACAGUGUUAGUAUCACCUUACAGUCUCACAUGACAGUGUGUACAGUAUAUUAAAUUGUUUCCUUAUUCUUCAGUGGCAAAGCAAUGAGGUACGGAAUCGUUUUGGUGUUUUUUGGUACUUUUUGUCUUUUUUAGCUGUGCAUCAAUGGUGUUUUGUUUUGAAAGAGGUAAGAAUUCAUUCCCUUGUCAAAGGAGACCAGAGGGAAUGGCCAUGAGGUAUGUGCCUUAAAAUCUGCCUGUCGGAAAAGAAAAAGAUCACUGCCAAUCUUCCAUUGUUAAUUAUGAAAAAAAUACACAUGCUAAGUGUUUUGUGAGACCUGUAAAAUUUACAUAAACAUUUAUAUUAAAAAAAAUGAUUAUUGAAAAGGUCAAGAUGUGUAAAAUGCAUCUUUAGUUUUCUUUUGUUUUCACAUUUUCUUGCCUUUUUGUGUUUUUAUACCUGUAAAUACAUUAUUCUUUCUGUAGGUUUAGCUCAGAUAUGAGGAUGAGGCACGAGGGGCCAAUAAAGAAAUUACUCUUAAAGCAGGGAUUCCCAGACCCUGCUUCUAGUCCAGGCAGAUUUGGCUCUGAAUGGUGCACGUAGUGCUCAGCACUGCCCGUCUGCCAGAAGAGCCACUUUGCUAUUUUAUAACUGACCACAAAUGUUUGUAUGGUUUUAAUAAAAAAAAAGGAAAUUAUUUU